AUGCCUCUCUUUCAAGGCGGAGCAGUCGAGCAACAACAACGACCGCCCCUCCCACCCACCGCGCCAAUGGACACAAACAGCCCGCAAGCACAGGCCCGCAUGGCCCUGAGCAUCGAGCACCAGAUCUCCGGACGCGCGGUCUCAGGCGAAGAGACCGAAAAAGAGAAAAUGAUCCGCGGAGAACUUUACCGUCCCUUCGACGUGCAGUUGGUCGAAGAACGCGAUCGGUGCCGCCGCGCUCUGUGGCGAUUCAAUAAUGCUUGUAACCCUGUCAACGGGCUGAGCUCGAAGGAGCAAAAUCGUCUUUUGAAGGAGAUUCUCGUCCCGCCUUCGGAUAGUGUGGCGAAUUCACCUGGAUUGGCCGCGCCCCGCUCUAUCGGGUCGAUUGGGCAGGGGGCUGUUGUUGAAAGCUCGUUUACGUGCAAUUACGGGUAUAAUAUUCAUAUUGGGGAAGAUGUGAUGAUUUCCCAGGGUUGUUUGUUUGUUGAUGAUUGCAUUAUUAAUAUUGGGGCUCAUACGUGGAUUGGGCCGAAUGUUACGUUGCUUAGUUCUAUGGCGCAUUCGAGUAUGCAGGAGCGCAAGGGCUCGCAGAGUCGGUAUCAGGGGAGACCGGUUACUAUCGAGGAGGAUUGUUAUCUUGGGGCUGGUUGUACGAUUUAUCCUGGCGUGCAUCUUGGUCGUGGUGCUUAUAUUGCCCCUGGGGAGGUGGUUAAGACUCAUAUUGUUGCUUAUGGCUUCCAGGGGUUUAAGCCUAGCUAUAUGUGA